GCACGUGCACACGCGUGUGCCGUAUGCAGAAAAAAAAAUAAUUAUGUAUCAUACCUCUCAUAAGCGUUAUUCAAUACAGCCAAAUUAUCUCGAUCCGCCUGUACGUACACGGUCAUUCUUAUUACCUGAUGCGUAGCGCGAAUUUUUUCCUAAAAUCUACCCUCACCGUUAUUCAAUAUAACCUGAGAAGGGCCGCGAGAAGAGCCAUAUUAUAAGAGGCAGCGAAACAGGGUGUAGAUAUCACCUGACGAUACGCGUCCCAUAUACACAUGGGUGUCGUACACCGCACGGGAUACACGAUCGGACAUAUCGGGUGGGUCACGUGUGUGGCACCGCGUUGGUGAAGUGCGUCGAGAUUGGCUCGUUGUCGGACAGAUUAGCGGCGUAUAAUACGCGGUAUAACACUGGAUCCUCAUAGGCGGAUAAGUGAGGUGAAUAUUACACGCUUACAAUAGGGCCAGAAACAACUAUAUGUAUACGCGCGGGGGAGAGAAUCGAGAGUAAAAGAAGAGCGCCUAUACGUACCAUAGAGUCGGCAGCCCCUCGGUAUACAGCAGAUGAGGGUGACGGUAAGAGAGGAUUAGGAAUGUAAGCGACUGAGCGCGACGGCGGAAGGAAUUAGGGGAGGGUGGAAGUACGAGAGAGAGAGAGGGAGGGAGGAAAAAAAAGAGAACAUUUUUAAAAAGCCGCGGACCGAGUGGACCGCUGCUCCGCAGGGCAGGCACGGGCGCUACACAUGAGCGCAUGCAUGUAGGGAGGCGACGGCACGUGCGGAGGACACCGGGAACACCCGCCGCCCCCGAUGUAGACGACGCCUGCUGCAAGAGCAGCACCAACACCGACGUCGGUAUCGACGUCAACGUCGACGUUAACACCGACGCGGCAAACACCGACGCCAGCAGGAGCGGCAGCGGCAGCGGCAGCAGCAGGCGGAAAUUCUCCCAUAUCGAAGAUGACGAACUACCGCCGAAUGUGCAACAACAACAACAGGAACAACGACAACGAAGAAACGGCGUACCCGGUGGUGCAACCUUGGCGCACGCGACGAACUCUCCUACGAGAGAUGCAGCUGACACGGAAACUGCCGCGACGACGGCGCCCUAUUUCAGGAGAAGAACGUUACCACCUUAUAUCGCUACGAUAUUAAUCAUCACCUGCACCCUUUUUGGCAUCGCAGAUGCAUGUUCGUCACGGUCGACUCCGAAGCCACGACCACCGACGCCAACACCUCGACCGAAUAUCACAUUCCACAUGUAUACGUGUCCGCCCGACUACGCGGAAUGGUAUUGUCUGAAUGGCGCGACCUGUUUUACCGUAAAAAUUGCCGAGUCGCUACUCUACAAUUGUUUAUGCGCGAAUGGAUACAUCGGGCAGAGAUGCGAAUUCAAGGAUCUGGAUGGUUCCUACUUACCAUCGCGGCAACGUGUGAUGUUGGAAACUGCCAGCAUAGCAGGAGGUGCCACCAUAGCAGUAUUUUUGGUCGUUAUUAUUUGCAUAGCUGCUUACAUCCAUUGUAAGCGCAAACAAAAGGAGCUUCGAACAAGCAGUAACGGUGUCGACACCGUCGAUGGCCCUGGGCGAGAUCCCGAACUCAGGCCAUUCAGUAAUCACGGUCGCUCAUUGAGGAUCUUUAUGGCGAAAAAUUCCAAUGCCCUUACGAGUCCGGCGAUAGAGCAAACUAAAAUGCCAGGUUGGAAUUACUCUUCGCCAGAAUCAACAAGGAUGGCUUCUAUCAGCGAGGGAAAAAGCAGUCACACGCAUCAGUAAGUCACGUAAAUUCCAAACAUUUUUGUUGCGCAAUGAAACCGUCGCGACGAAAAAAAUCAAAUCAAGAAAAAGAGAACAAAAAGAAAGUGCUCCAACUGCCCCUAACAGUGAACCCUUUAAUUCUGUUACUGUGACGAGUACAGACUAUUAUUUCUAUGUUCACGCGAUGACCAAAUAAUAAGUGAUUUAUGAAAUUGAUGUGAUUGCGCGCGCCAAGUUUUUAUGUCAGCAUAGAAAAUUGAGUCAUCGGUGAACGAGGUGUGUAAGUUAGAGUCGCGAAACGUCUACUAACAACCUACACAACUAGAUGGAAGAAGAGAAAUCAUAAUAACAAAUACGAUUGUAAGAAAAUUUAGUUAAUAAUUAAACUGAUUAUAAAAUGAGUUCAAUUACCCUGAGCGGUAAUGAACGCCUUGUGCUUAGCGCUUAAACUCACCUACUAACUAAUGGUCGAUAGUUGGCAGAUGUUAAUGUCCAAAUACAAACUAAUAUCUAUGAAUAAUUAUCAUCGAAACAUUCCCAAUGCGCAGUUUAUAUCGAUAACGUCUCUAACUAUUAACGGCACCUCGUAAUCAUAGCUUACGCUAGGUAAAUACCGAAGCCCUUCUUUAUUAUUUCUUCAUUUUUAUUAUCUCUUUUAAAUCGAGCUGGUAGAGUCGUAUUCAAGAAGUUUGAGCCGGGAUUACAACAAGAAUAUUAAUAAUAAAUAUCUAAAGCGGACGAUGCGUUUUUUACAUUGUUUAUCAAUUAUCAAUCAUUCGAUUUAUUAAGCAAAACAAACGAUCUCGUUGUAAAGGAAGGAGAGCUAUAUGAACGAUUCUUUGAGAGAAAAACCAAGGUAAAGACGAACUGAACUGGAUUUCUACUACUAAUAUUACUACUACUACUACCAAUACUACUACUAAACUACUACUGAUAUAUUUAUACUACACUAAACGCUACUACCACUAUUUAACGUUUAUUUUUGAAUACGAUUAAUUUUUAUUAUUUUAAAUUUAAUAUGAUCGAUGCCCGUAUGAAUCAACGUGUAGUAUAAACAAGUAGUUAUCAUUCGCUUUAAUAUAUUAAGUCGAGUGAAGCGAGUGAGGCAGGCCUCUUCUGUAAAUAGUAAAUUAUCUCUAGGACUGCCCACGUACCUACGCUUACCGUAUUCACGUGAAAAGAACAAAAUGUCGAAUAUGUUAUAAUAAUUGCACUGUAUUAAAUCAAUUACAAAAAGUGAUUUUCCUGUAAAACACCAAUCUAUUGUUGUUUCGUAUUACGGAAUGUUAUUUAAUAAUGUACAUACACGUAGGUAUGUAUGUAUUCAUAAUACAUCGGUAUAUAAAAACAGUAAUUUAAUUUGAAUAACGUCAUGAUUCUUUUUGGUAAAAAAAAAUACCACAAAACAUAAAAUAACCAUUGAUAGUUUGUAUAUUUGUAGAUACUCGUAACGAUCACUCUUCCGAAUCUUCUUUGUUUACUCCUUAUUGUUAUUUUUGUUCUCUUUUACUUUCCCCAUACCCCUAUCUUAUAACUUUACGUAUACAAAAAUAUAUUUAUAUUCAUGCAUAAACAUAGAUUAUUAUAAUUAGGUAAACAUCUUUUAUUUUCAUCAAUUUCUAACAUCUGUGAUCGGAAAAUUUUCUCCGUGUAUCCGAUUCAACUCCACCUCGAUGCAUGGAAAAUUUAUAAUAAAGUGAUCAAAGCCAAUAAUCACAACAAAUUACACACGCAACAUCACAAGCGGUACGGCUCACACAUAAAGAGAAUCGUGCGAUGAACAAAAAAAAUACGUAACAAAUUAAUACAAUACAAAUUUAUGAAUAGUAACAGAUAAAAGUGAAUAUUGUAAUCUUAUUUAAAAUUUCGUUAUACUUUAUAUAUUGUACUUGGUUCCUAAUUUAUUAUUAUUAUAACAAUUAUUAUUAUUAUUAUUAUUACUAUCAUUAUUGUCAUUAUCAUUAUCAUUAUCGUCAUUGGCCUCAUCAUCAUUAUCACCGUCGUCAUCAUCACUAUCAUGCAUUAUCAUUGAUAUUAUGUCUAUUAUUAUUUAUAUUAUUAUUAUGAUUAUUGCUAACAUUAUUAUUUCUAUUAUUAUUAUUAUUAUGUCUAUUAUUAUCAUCAUCAUCAUCACUAUCGUUAAUAUUAUUAUUUCUAUCGUAGUAACUUUUUAUUAGGACAUGUUUUCAACAUGUUUGCGGUGCAUUUGAUACUUUGAGCGAAUGAAGCGAGAGGCUGUGAGAGAGCGUGUGACUUGCAGAGCCGGCGGUGGCCUUUGUUUUUCUACUCUAUUCCUAACUAUAGUCUGAUACUUGACUACAAGAAACUAAUGGAACUAAUCUACAUAGGUAGAUAAAAAAAAAAAAAAUGAUAUUUCGACUAGUAUGUAUCAAAAUAGAAGCGCUAUUAACAAACUUGUAACUUGACCUGAAUCGCUAAUUGUCGAUAACACAUGGAUGAGUGGUGACAUUCUAAUACAUCGGACAGCAUAUCUUUGAUCUUUGGAAAGUAUUGUAAAUUCAGUUAUGGCCAAUAGGAGAUUACCUAAGCUACCAUGUACUUUACUCCAGUUAAAAUUCAUUGAAAUCUUAUUGUUAGUAUCAGUUAACUUUUCGCAACGACGUUAUGGUAUAAUAGUUUCGAUAUACCUUUAAAAUUAGCAACGAAUUUUUUUCACGCCGUUUUUUUUUUUCUUUUUUCACCGAUAGCUGUUUCCAAAUUUUUUUCCGUUUUUGCGAAGUGUGCUUUCUAUUUCAUUAAAUCACUGACAUCGAGGUACAAAGAAUCAGCUGUCUGUUGUAAAUGUACAACCAAAGAUGCAACGUCAUUGAACUAAUAAUAGUAAUAAAAUAAAUCCAAAGGAAGCUGCUAAUGUUACUAGACGAAAGAAAAAACUAAUCGACGAUGUUCUAGAUCGACAUUGUUAAUUAUUUUUGUAACGAAAUGUACAUGUACUAGUGUGCUCUGCGUAUGGAAGCUUAUACCUACAUAUGUUAAAUAUUAUUAUUAAUACUGAUAAAAGAAAAACUUGUAAUCUUGUUUUCCAAAUUGUUUAAUAGCAUAAAAUAUUGAAUUUAAUUUAUUCGCUA